CCAAUGCCAAUCGUGACAUUCUUCUGGGGCAUAUCGGAAGUCAGCAUGAAGGAGUCCUGGAAUUCCUGAACUGAUUGCACCUUUUCCCUUGAUUUCUUACAAAUUUGCAAAUCCCCUGGAACACUGCACGUCCAGCCUCGAUGAAUCAUCUGCGUACCUCCUGUUCGCCGAUGCCAAUUGGCCAAUUAAGCGGAUCCUGCCCGUGCCCAGGUGACAGCCGCUCGCUCUUGCGUCAAGAGACGGUGGUGAGCUGUUAGUGCAGCAACAGGUCACAAGACUUGUCUAUUUGACUUCACCGCAGAUGUCUCCAAUCUUCUGCAUAGUUCAGAGCGUUUAACUGCCUUCCAAACUUCGCCGUUGGCCCGUUGAACAGAAACCCCUCAUUGUUACAAAUCCCUACUCAGAACCGUUUUACGUGUUCACACCCCCUAACACCUGGAAGCGGUCGUGUAUUGGUAUGACAUCAAUAUGUCAUCAGACAACUACAACUUCGCCGACGUUUUUCAAGCUGUCUUCAUCUCAAAUCAGAAGCCAGCACCGGAGCCCAUCGCUGAAAAAAUGAAGGCUCUCAUUCAAAGCUACCCCCCGUUGGGUCAAUAUACGCAGGUUUCGAAUGGACGCCUCACAGUGACUGCAGUUCUCGAGAUACCUGCGUCCCGCGCAAAUGAGCCGUGGGAGGUUGCUCUAUGGCACUCCAGUGAUGGAGCUGAGUGGGUUGAGACUGUUCUCGCUCGUGUUCUCGACGAAAACGCUCCGACGACCUUGCAGAUGGUCCCGGACUACGUUCGGCGGCUUUUCUACUCCGCUUCCGUUGCGUUCAACAAAUCGCUCCAAUUUACCCUCAAAUUCCGGCACAGCAACGGUGAACCUUGGAGGUGGACCCGUGACGAGCUCGGAGUUGGUGAUGGUACGGUGGUCCUGAAUGCGAAGCCCGUGUUCGAGAGCGUUUCCGAACGCUUCGACGACAUUGUCCCUGAUUUGAACCCUGCAUGGGAAGUGAAAUCCUUGAUGAGCCAAUGCCCCGGGACUCGGCUAUGGUCUCUGAAGGCCGCCGUAGACGGCGUCGAGGGGGAUGUUUCGCAGCUUGCCGACUUCUCGUUGGGCGUGCCAUGGGGAGGCUUCCUGAGAUGGUUUGCCCUCAUUCGUAUCUGGUCACCGUGGCUGGCUCCUCGCCAUGGGAGGGAUUCGCUUGCUCUGGACAAAGACGGCGUGCUUUGUUCGUUCCUGAGCCCGGAGGGAAAACAUCUGGUCUUUCUCGCCGUCAGUGGGGUCAAUAACGUUCUCUCUGUUUUCCGCAACAACGAAUCCGGGCAACUAUCUGUCCAUGCUCGCAAUGACGGCAUACACUCCGAGUCAGCCAUCAUUCUGGCUGCCACAGGAGACAAUUUUGAGAGCGCCAACGCUGCUGUCAUGUACCAGGCCCGGAACUAUAUUCUGCAAGAGAAAAAGGCGAGCAAUGAGCUAUUGGCGGAAAUGAAGGCCAUCGAUGAAGGCGUCAAGCCUGAAUGGAUGGAGAAUUGGUAUGACGGGUUGGGUUACUGCACUUGGAAUGCUCUCGGACAGCGUCUGACGGAAGAAAAGGUGCUAGAUGCUCUUGACAAGCUCGAGGAGAAUAACAUCAAAGUCACCAGCCUCAUUAUCGACGACAACUGGCAAACCAUUGACUACAGAGGACAUGGUCAGUUCCAACACGGCUGGGUCGAAUUUGAGGCCGACCCAAAAGCAUUCCCAAAGGGGUUGAAAGCCACGGUAGCGCAAAUCCGGCAGAACCACCCGCACAUUCAACACAUUGCCGUAUGGCAUGCUCUCCUAGGGUACUGGGCGGGAAUUUCACCUGACGGUAAGAUUGCGCAGCAAUACAAAACAGUAGACGUCAUUAGAGAGGACGCCGAGCGACGCAACCUGCCCCUCGGAGGUAAGAUGACUGUAGUGGCCAAAGAGGACGUGGACAGGUUCUACAAUGACUUCUACAAGUUUCUCGCAGACUCUGGGAUACAGGGCGUCAAGACAGACGCUCAAUUUAUGACAGACACAUGGAUUUCGGCCAGCGCGCGUCGCGAGUUGAUCGACGCCUACCUCGAUGCGUGGACGAUAUCCUCACUGCGACAUUUCAGCAUCAAGGCCAUAUCCUGCAUGUCGCAGACGCCGCAGAUUAUGUUUUAUAAUCAGAUGCCGCGCAACCGGCCCGCGAUUCUCUGCCGCAACUCAGACGACUUCUUCCCCGAGAUCCCGGCCUCGCACCCCUGGCACGUCUGGACCAAUGCACACAACAGUCUACUCACGCAGCACCUCAACGUCCUGCCCGACUGGGACAUGUUCCAAACUGUGCACGACUACUCGGGUUUCCACGCCGCGGCGCGCUGUGUCAGCGGAGGGCCGAUCUACAUUACCGACGUCCCCGGUCAGCACAAUUUGGAUCUGAUCAAGCAGAUGACGGGGCCGACGAUCCGCGGCAAGACUGUCAUCUUGCGGCCCAGCGUAGUGGGAAAGACCAUAGACCCUUACACGGGAUAUGACGACGACGGUCUGCUCAAGGUUGGAAGCUACCACGGCGCCGCUGUUACGGGAACCCCGAUUCUCGGCGUAUUCAAUGUCUCGGCGCGGCCGCUGACGGAGAUCCUUCCCCUCGCCUACUUCUCCGGGGUCCUGCCAUCCAUGCGCUAUGUUGUUCGGGCGCACUCUAGCGGGAAAGUCAGCCGGCCCGUAUCCCCCGGCUCUACCGCUUCCUCUCUGACGGUGUCUCUGGAUGUCCGCGGAUACGACAUCUUCACCGCCUACCCGCUCUCGAGCUUCGACAGCGAAGUCAAAGGCAAGGUGUGGACGGCUAACUUGGGUUUGGUGGGCAAGAUGACGGGCGCGGCCGCCAUUCUAAACAGCGAUUUCAUGUUGCGACACGAUGGCAAGGUCGAGCUCAAAACUCGCCUCAAGGUGCUCGGCGUCCUCGGUCUCUUCAUAUCCAAGCUGCCAGAGUUGACGAUAGGCGACGACUUUCUCAUCACCAUCCAAAACCAAGUGAUCCCCGUGCACACUGUGUCCAUCAGCAAGAGCCACGACUCCGUUGUCGAGAUUGACAUUGAAAAGGCAUGGCAGGAAAUGGGUCUUCACCCCGGAUGGAGCAACGAGGUUGAGAUUACGGUCAUCUUUGCAAUUGACCAUGAAGGGUCCGGGGAUGCCUAGAUGCUUGAUACAAAUGUACUAACGUACACACGGUCUGACCAACUCAAUCCCAAGGCAUCCGGAGAAGGCGUUAAUCGAAUUGCGAGACUAUAGAGACGGUACGCUGAUUAUAGCAACCAGCGAGAUUGGCAAAGAGACUCCUACGCAUUGGGCUAUAACACAUCUUUAGCUCUCGAGUUCUGCCCAACUGCGAAAAGACAAGGCGUGAUAAGUAAGAAGGGGCAGCAACGCAACGUGCAAGGAGCCCGUGCGAAAGAGGACUUGUGACCUCCUGCGGUGUUAUGAAGACAACUACAAUGUAACUGUUACGCCUGGGCUAGCACCCGCCGCGUUGCAAACAGCUCUCGCUCGCUUUCGCCAUCUGUGCAAGUGGAGGGCCGAUCUAUAUCACCGAGGUCCCUGGUUAGCACAGUCUGAAACUAUCAACGCUGAGAGCACUUUUGCGUAAGAGACAGGCGAUCAACCUCGCAAAGUGUUCAAAAUGUAACAUGGCUUUUAUGAGCGGCAUUCUGAUUUCGCACCAGGUAAGUGUGUACCUGGCAAGGUACAUUGGGAUCUCACUAGGCAGGCACUGAUACGUGCUUGGCUCUCUAUUUGGGACGGGGCAUUUUUCGAAGUGCAUACGCAGUUGCACCAGCAGACCCGUUGUCGAUCCUGAACCUCUUUAUAUUCAGUCUAGACCGGUGUUUUGAGAUUGACCCGGUCACUAUGUCCAUAUCUUUUCAUCUCAUCAUCUAUAUGCUGUCUUUUU